CUCAGGCAACUGCUGAAACGAGCCUAUUUCUAACAAGUCGCGGGAAAAUAUUGUGAAUGGUGGUUUGAAAGGCGUUACUUUCAAAAUAGUCAAUGGUUAUCAGAUUCAGCCCUCAGACAUUGCUGAAGCCAGUCAAGUAUUUUGUGGUAUUUUGGACAAGAACUACCUCUUGAAGGAGCUGUACACUACAGACUUAUCUAAACUAACAGAAGUGACACUGACCCAUUGUGCAAUUAAAAAGAUUGAGUUGCCAGGAGAUGCACUACCAUCAGUGUUAAGCAUCGAUCUUUCCAACAACAAUAUAACAUGCCUUUCAGGGCUCCAUGAAUUACCACAACUUGAGACUCUUUGUCUUUCAGGAAAUAAGGUAUAACUAGAUUUGCAUCAUUGACUGAAUACAUAUCUUAUAUGGGGCCAUCAAAAAGUUUCCAUUUGAGUGCAUUGCUGCAGCAUAUAUGCAACCCAUCAUGACUCCAACGUCACUGAGAUGGGUUUGACAGAAGACAGCAAUAUCUGUGAAGUGUAUCCUCAGUUAAAAACACUGUACCUUGACAACAAUGGUAUUUUCUCAAUUACUCCUCUGGAGCUUGGACGGCUAAGGAAACUUACACGCCUGUAUUUACAAUGUAACAUGAUUGACAGCUUACAAGGUUUGGAAGGAUUAUCAGAUUUAAUUGCUUUAGUAAUUGACUGGAACAGAAUAACAAGUGUGGCUCGUGAACAAGUGGCUGCAUUUUCCAAUCUAAAUGAACUUCAUCUUGAAAGAAACAGAAUAAGUAACUUAGGAUUUCUAAAGCAACUAAAGCAAUUACAGCGGCUAUACUUGAGUUACAAUAAAAUACAUGAUUUUGAUCAACUGAAGUAUGUUGCUGCACUGAAUCACUUGGAAGAACUUACGCUUAUUGCUAACCCCAUCUGUCCCCAUCAUACAGCAUAUCAUGAUUUAACUGCAAUUCUUCCACGUUUCUAUAUUUAUAUUCAUAGUUGUGAUUCAGAUGACUUGUGAGUGUGGAAAUUUGGUUUGUAUUUCUGUGUCUGUCCAGUAUCUUGAUCCCAUCCACUACUGUCAAAGCAUGGAAUAUUUUAUUGAUAUUCAUAGAGGAAACUCCAUCAAUGUUAGCUAUGAGUCACAGUUGUGCACAAUAUUUGGAAGGCAAGUCAGUGGAAAAGAUCCUUGUGAGGAAAUGGAUUUGAAAAUCUAUAAAGGCUUGCUCAUUUACAGAAAAGGAAUGUUAAUUUUAUAUUCAUAUAUGUGGAAGUAACUCUUCUCCUGAUCUUCAGCUUCAUUCUAUAGAGCAAAGUAAAUUUCAGAGGCGUUACAGUUUAAACAACUGUGAACAUAUAGUGUACAUUGAGGGAUGGAUUCUAUAAUUAAAAUGAUUGCGUGUGUUUGUUGACAUCAUAUUAUAACCAGAUGCAAUGGGAAGAUGUGCGUAGCAGUAUAUACAGAUUGUGAUACCAGUAUGUAUUUUUGUUUACAGUAAGAAUUGUAACACUUGAUCAUAUUGUAUACAUAUUUUUCCUUUACUUAAUGCAUAUAAUGCCCCAUGUUCAGACAUUUCUUGGAUUCUUAUAUGCAUUCAUUCAUCUGAUGUCUUGUGUCAUUUUGUGAGGUUUGCACACAAGAAACAUCAUUAUGCAUGACCAAGUAUGAGAAACCAAGAAGCUGCUUUUCUUUCCAUUCAUUAAUGAAAGUGUCUCAAUAACUGUUGUGUUCAUAUACAUUUGUAAAAGAGUAAAUCUAUUUUCACUUACAGUCACAAUAAACAUUUAUGUAAAAUUAAUCACCUAGCAAA